AUGGUCAAGCGGCUUUUUCAUGUUCUGCUCUUAAUUCGGCUGACACUGACUUGUGAUUACGUGGCUCCAACAGACGAUGAAGUUAUGGUUGCGAACACUGAGUAUCCACAGGGAGAACGAAAGAAGCGGGAAGCUGCUUGGGAUUGGAUACGAAUCGAAACUGAGUACGAUGCGUCUUUUAACCUCACGUCAUUCACAUGUCAUGGCAGACAGUGA